GGCCCCGCUUCCGGGGGGAGCGCCGGGCGGCAGGUCCGGGGUGCAGCGACGGCAACUUCGGCGGGGCGGGUAGGCACCGGCGGCACCGGCACCGGCGGCACCGGCACCAGCGGCAGCGGCGGCAUGUCCGGCAACGGGCUCACUUACAGCGAGCAGAGCGGGGAGUCGACGCCCGAGCUGGCGCAGGAGGCGGCGCCCACCGUGACCCCCUCGGCUCCCGCGGCCUUCGGGCUCUUCAGCAGCGACACCAAGAAAAAUGAAGACCUAAAACAAAUGUUGGAAAGCAGUAAAGAUUCCGCAAAGCUGGAUGCUAUGAAAAGGAUUGUUGGGAUGAUUGCAAAAGGAAAAAAUGCUUCAGAGCUGUUUCCUGCUGUUGUGAAGAAUGUUGCCAGUAAAAACAUUGAGAUAAAAAAGCUUGUGUAUGUUUAUCUGAUGCGCUACGCAGAGGAGCAGCAAGAUCUAGCAUUAUUGUCCAUCAGUACUUUCCAGCGUGCUUUAAAAGAUCCUAAUCAGUUAAUCCGUGCAAGUGCUUUAAGAGUUCUAUCCAGUAUACGUGUCCCAAUUAUUGUUCCUAUUAUGAUGCUUGCUAUUAAGGAAGCCUCUUCUGAUUUAUCUCCUUAUGUGAGAAAGAAUGCAGCCCAUGCAAUCCAAAAACUGUACAGCCUUGACCCAGAGCAAAAGGAAAUGUUGAUUGAAGUGAUAGAAAAACUUCUGAAGGAUAGAAGUACGCUGGUAGCUGGGAGUGUGGUGAUGGCAUUUGAGGAAGUGUGUCCAGAUAGAAUAGAUCUGAUUCACAAGAACUACCGAAAGCUCUGUAACUUGCUGGUUGAUGUGGAAGAGUGGGGUCAAGUUGUUAUAAUCCACAUGUUAACUCGGUAUGCACGUACGCAGUUUGUAAGUCCAUGGAAGGUUGAUGAAGUGGUGGAUGAAUAUAGUGAAAAUAAUUUCUAUGCAUCUGAUGAAGAACAGAAAGAGGAGGAUCAGAAAUUGAAAACCACCUAUACUAUGGACCCGGAUCACAGGCUGCUGUUACGAAAUACAAAGCCCCUGCUUCAAAGCCGAAAUGCUGCUGUGGUAAUGGCGGUUGCACAGCUUUACUGGCAUUUGGCACCAAAAUCUGAAGCUGGUAUUGUUUCUAAGUCAUUGGUGCGUUUACUCCGUAGUAACAGGGAGGUGCAGUAUAUUGUCCUGCAAAAUAUUGCCACUAUGUCAAUUCAGAGAAAGGGGAUGUUUGAACCUUAUCUGAAGAGUUUCUAUGUUAGAUCAACUGAUCCAACUAUGAUCAAAACACUGAAGCUUGAAAUCUUGACAAAUUUAGCAAAUGAAGCCAACAUAUCAACUCUGCUUCGAGAAUUUCAGACUUACGUAAAAAGCCAAGAUAAACAGUUUGCUGCGGCUACGAUUCAGGCUAUAGGCAGAUGCGCAACUAACAUCACUGAAGUGACUGACACUUGCCUUAACGGCCUCGUCUGUCUGCUGUCCAACAGGGAUGAAAUCGUAGUUGCUGAAAGUGUUGUUGUCAUUAAGAAACUGCUGCAAACCCAGCCGGCACACCAUGGUGAAAUUAUUAAGCAUAUGGCCAAACUCUUGGAUAACAUUACAGUUCCAGUAGCCAGAGCCAGCAUUCUCUGGCUCAUCGGCGAGUACUGUGAAUGGGUUCCAAAGAUCGCACCUGAUGUUCUGAGAAAGACAGCCAAGAGCUUCACUAAUGAAGAUGACCUUGUAAAGUUGCAGAUCUUAAAUUUGGGUGCAAAACUCUAUUUAACAAAUUCAAAGCAGACAAAAUUGCUUACCCAGUAUGUAUUAAAUCUCGGCAAGUAUGAUCAAAGCUACGACAUCAGAGACCGUACAAGAUUUAUUAGGCAGCUUAUUGUUCCGAAUGAGAAGAGUGGAGCUUUAAGCAAAUAUGCCAAAAAAAUAUUUCUGGCACAGAAACCUGCCCCAUUGCUUGAGUCUCCUUUUAAAGAUCGGGAUCAUUUCCAGCUUGGCACCUUGUCUCACACACUGAACAGCCGAGCCACUGGGUACCUGGAGCUGUCCGACUGGCCAGAGGUGGCACCUGACCCCUCGGUCCGAAACGUCGACGUGGCCGAGUCGGCAAAGGAAUGGACUGGAAUUCUAGGCAAGCCAAAGAAGGAGAAACCUCCUGAAAAGUUCUACUCUGAAUCAGAAGAGGAGGAAGAUGAGUCUGCCAGUACCAGUUCAUCAGGGAGCGGGUCUGACAGUGAAAGUGAGAAGGAAGAUAAAGAGGAAGGCAGCGCUGAUGAGAGUAGUGGGAGUUCCUCUCCCAAUGAAGAAUCAACUGACAGUGAAUCAGACAGCAAAGAAAGUGCUGCAAAGAAAACAUGUAGAGCUGUCGAUGAAAGUGAUUCAGAGGAUAUUAAAAAGAAAGCAAAGGGGAUUUCCAAAACGACAAGCACAUCCAGUUCCUCUGAUACAGAGUACACUUCAUCGGAAGAAUGUUCUUCAGGCUCCAAGUCAGAAUCCGACUCUAAAAGUGACUCUGAAUCUGAAAAAUCUAGAAAUGCUACCUCUAAUAAGGUUAGUAAGAAAGAAGAAAAACCAGCACAAGAAAGAAAGACUCCAAAAAAACAAGAAGUGUUCCUCUUAGAUUUAGAUGAUUUUUGUCCUGUGACAACUCCUGUGGCAGUUCCUACAGCAGCUGUUUUGUCCCCGAGUUUAGCAGCAGACCUAGAGGGAUUAAGUCUGUCGAGUUCAUCAGUCAUUGAUGUGGCUACGCAAGUCUCAGUGCCAACAAAAACACAUGAACUGCUUCAUCGAAUGAGUGGGAAAGGAUUAGCAGCUCGUUAUCACUUCUCAAGACAGCCAGGCAUUUUUGGUGAUCAUAUGGUACCUGUGCAAGUGACAGUAACAAACACAACUGAUCAGAAGAUAGAGAAUAUUCACAUUGGGGAGAAGAAGUUACCUCCAGGCAUGAGGAUGCAUGAGUUUAAUCCAAUAGAGUGCCUUGAGCCUGGAGGAUCCCUUACUGCUACAAUGGGUAUUGACUUCUGUGAUUCUACCCAGACAGCCAGUUUCCAGUUAUGCACAAAGGAUGAUCAUUUCAGUGUUAACAUUCGACCCUCUGUUGGAGAGCUGCUCUUGCCUGUCACUAUGUCAGAGAAAGAUUUUAAGAAGGAGCAAGCCUGCCUUUCUGCUUUAUACCUGCUCAGCAAACCAAGUCCUGUGCCUGGAGAUGCCUGGUUUUAUUUGUGACCAAAACAGAUAGGUAAAAAAAAAUGAAGGAAUGAGAGGAAUAUUAGAAAUGCAAGGUAACACUGGGAGAGAAUGAAAAUAUGUAUGGGUUUUAAGGAUUUUUACAUCUAAAUUGCAUGUGGAACCUAAUAAGAAUGCUAAAGAGGAAAUAGCUGGUAUUUUACUGCUACGUAGAAGACAAUUCAUUGCUACACAUCUUUACUCAAUUACACUCUGCUGUUUUGCAUUGUCUGUUACAUUUGUAUAUGUCCAUUUUCUUCCUGGUGGCACAGAGAGAGAGGAUUAGACAGGUUAUUGAAUAUUCAUGGCUCUGAAAGUUAUCUGGUGGUAUAGUGGCAGAACCUCAAAAGCUGUUCUUGUCCACAUGCUGUGCAUGAUACGCUUAGCUUUGCUACACCAUCUCCCCUUUCCUUCCCUUCUGAGCUCGGGAAUCCUCUGGUAAAGUAGUUCCCCAGAGCAGCAGCUGAGUUAGUAGUUGUUGUGAUUGACAGUUUGGAAUGAGUGGAUAAAAAUGGUAUUGUCAAACACUCUUUACCUUUCUGCUCAAAUACGUCUUCUGAUCCAUCAGGCCUCAGAAUUUUAUACCCUGUUUUACAUCGCAUCACCAUAAAAGGUCAAGUUGCCAUAGCAGGGAUUCUGAAUGAGUGGAACAUUUAUUAUUGGGAACACUAUCCAAAUUUCAACUUGUCUGUUGUUUUUAAAAAUCAGUAGCAAAAGUUUCCUUCCCUCAGUUCAGAAUAGGACUAGUCUGCUGGCUAACAUACCUUGUUACCCAUCACUGUAAUUUUUCCAAUUUAAUUUUCUUUUAUUAUUUAAAAUACGUACAGUUAUUUCAUCGUAUCAGGUAGUUAACCCAGACUAAUUGCUGCUUUGUGCUGGGGCUAGAUUGUUCUUAGAUUCUCACGUUUCAAGCAAUAUUAAACGUGUCAUGUGAUUGUUACAGCUGGAUAUUAAUCAGAAUUUUUAUGAUGGUGUUUUUAAAAUAGGCAAUUAAAACUACUUUAGGAUUUUUUUUCUCUCAAGAAACAUGUUUUAAAAUAAU